UGAGCAAGCGCUAUUAACAGGAGCUCAGUUUCUAGUCCCAACAGACUUAACUAGCAGAAGGGGAAGCAAAGAUCUGGAGGCUGGCUGCCAGAGAAGCACUGCUGAGUGUAAACACUCCAAAGCAUCUCAGAAUGCCCUCAUCAUAGGCAGCCCAAAAGCAGUUGUGCUCUUGGGCUCUGCAGCCAGGAGCAAUCCUGCAAGCAAAGAGUGUUUACUGUCGAUUAUUAGGACGACGGAAACUACAGCCAAGCUGACCAGAAAGACUGGAAUUUCAUCUCUCUCACUCUCUGUCUUUCCCUCUGUCACGCACACGUUGGGUUUCUUUCUCUGCCAGCCUUUAAAACCAGAGAUUACUGGGUCAGUGACACUCAUUCCUUUCAUACAGCAUGAUCUUGUGCUCAGCCUCCUGAAGUAACGCUGCUACCUGAUUUGCAGACAUUGAAAGUGGUCAGAGAGAACAUUCGUCAUUUCCUCAGCCUUGACCAAUGAACUUUAUAAAAACUUGAGGACAUUUUGAAAGGCAUCUGUUCAAACUGCAGUUAAAAGGUUCAUCAUAAUAGAAAAGUGGUACGUUUUUACCUGUGACUGACGUUUUGGUGCUCCAUUAUACAGUGAGCGUUUGCUGGAGGAGGAAGAGAAGACUCCUUUUGUCAAGAACUUUUCCACCAGCAGAAAAGAGCUGGCGUAGCCUCACAACAUGAAGCCCUUUGAGAAAACCUGGUUGUUACUAUUGCUGUCUGUUUUCCUAAGAGCUGUCUGCUCCUCUUUUAUAAGUGUCAACCGUGGCAUUAAAGUGAUGAAAGGACAGUCUGUUUUCCUGUCAGAAGAUGACCUCAAGUUUUCCAUCCCCAGAGAGAAGGAUGUGUGCAAAGUCGAAGUUGUGAGAAACGAGCCAAUAACGCAAAGGGUUGGGAAGCUAACUCCACAGGUUUUUGACUGUCACUUUCACCUUAAUGAAGUCAAGUACACCCACAACGGCUGUCCGAUUUUAGAUGCAGACACAGUCAUGCUUAGGCUGUACAGGUUUACAGAAAAUGAAACAUUUGUAGAAACAUUCACUCUCCACGUUCAGUUACUUGAACCAGACUGUAACAUCAUCAAAAUGCGCUCCCGAACUUUGGAGGUGCCUGAAUACUACGGUCUGUCCAGGGCAAUCGAUAAGAACAUCCUCACUUUUGACUACAACAGGAAGAUGAAUUUGGAAUGCACCAUUUCCAUAGCCUCUUCAGAAACCCACCUGCCUGCUCAUGGCCAGCUCAUGCUGGGGGACGUGCAGCAGGAACAGCUUCGAGGGGAUCAACCACAGAGCUUCCUCCUUGGCCCUAAGCACAGCCCAGGCCAGCAGUGCAGAAACAGGACCUGUGUGUUGGGACUGAGAGUCAUCCAUAACGCAAAAAUGAGCUGUGAAGAGUUUUUGAGGAAGGGCAUUCGAUAUAAGCACCUUGACCCUUGCUCGCCAGAUAUUGAUUAUAUUCCAGUGAGGCUGGAUCUCACAGACAGCAGAAGCAAAACUCUGCACAAGACUGAGUAUGCGUGGCUCCCUAUUCAGAUUAAAAGUGCUAUGCCCAAUCAAAAACCCAAGGCUGUUCCAAUGACAAAGUUCAUCUUGGAAGUAGACCAAUUUAUUUUAACUCCCAUUACAACCACAACGGUUGAUGCUGAAGACAAGGAAACUCCAAAGUCCCUGCUGGUGUUCAACAUUACAAAGCCACCUCUGCAAGGCUUCAUUACUCAUCUAUCAGACCACACAAAGCCUGUUGGUUCCUUCACAUGGAAAGAUCUCAGUGAAAUGCUUAUUGCUUAUCAGCCUCCAAACAACAGCCACACAGAGAAGAGGAAUUAUGAGCUAGAGGUUGAGGUUCACGACUUCUACUUUGAGAGGAGUUUACCACUCACAGUGCAACUUUCUAUUAGAACAGCAGAUACAAACGCUCCUCGGGUUUCAUGGAACACAGGCCUCAGCCUCCUGGAAGGGCAAUCCCGGCCGAUCACAUGGCAGCACCUACAAGUGGUAGACAACGAUGAUAUCCAAAAUGUUCGCUUGGUCAUAGUUGAUGGCUUACAGCAUGGGCGGCUCACGGUGAAAGGAGGAAAAGGAUUCAUGUUUACAGUUUCUGAUAUUCAGACUGGAGUGGUUUACUACCAUCACGAUGACAGUGAUUCCACAAAGGAUUUUGUGGUGUUCAGGAUUUUUGAUGGUCUGCAUAGUAUUCGCCAUAAGUUUCCAAUCAAUAUCCUCCCUAAAGAUGACAGCCCUCCAUUUCUUAUCAGCAAUGUGGCAAUUGAAGCACAGGAGGGACAGACGAUCCUGAUCCAAGUCUCCAUGCUUCAAGCUUCUGACAUGGAUUCCAGUGAUGACUACAUAGUAUUCAAUAUUACCAAGCCACCACAAGCUGGAGAAAUAAUGAAGAAACCAGGGCCAAACUUAAUAGGGUAUCCUGUCAGCAGUUUUCUUCAGAGGGAUCUGUUUAAUGGAAUAAUUUACUAUCAUCAUUUGGGAGGAGAAGUAUUUGAAGAUUCUAUUGAGUUUGUGCUGUGUGAUAGCCAUGACCCUCCCAAUCUCUCAAAGCCACAGGUGAUGAUGGUGCACAUUUUACCUGUGGAUGAUCAGCUACCCAGAGAAGUUCCAGGAGUGACCCGCCACCUGGUUGUUAAGGAGACUGAGAUUGCUUACCUAACUAAGAAACAUCUCCACUUUAUAGAUGUGGAAGAGCACGAUAGGGAACUCACGUACACCAUAACCUCUUCCCCAUUUUUCUCUUGUGUCAAUGGCCACUCCGAUGCUGGGAAGCUGUUUAUGGUGGACACCAUACCCAAACUGGUCAAGGAUCCUGCUGCUCUUGCUCUGAGAUCAUUUACUCAGCAUGCUGUGAACUAUAUGAAAGUUGCUUACAUGCCCCCACUGCAGGACAUUGGGCCCAAUCCUCAACAAGUCCAGUUUGUAUUUUCUGUCAGCAAUCAGCAUGGUGGCACUUUGUAUGGAAUCUGCUUCAAUAUUACUAUUCUUCCUGUGGACAACCAAGCCCCAGAGGUUUUUACAAGCCACUUGAGAGUGGAAGAGGGUGGCCUGAGCACUGUCACAGAGGGACACAUUCUCGUCUCUGACGUGGACACAAAACAGGAACAUCUCUUCCUCCUUCUGCAGCGACAGCCUCAGCAUGGGGCAGUGGAGUUGAAUGGCGUUCCUAUGAAGGAGGGUGACAAGCUUUCCUGCCGGGACCUGCGUACCCUAGCAGUCAGGUUAGAAGAGUGACUGCUUUUCUUCUUG